AUGUACGACUCAGACAAAGAAACCGACACCUGGUCAGAAAAAGAUUUCUCUGACUGGCGUAACGUUGUUAAGAGGCGGUAUUUCCUGCUUGAGAAAGCCAAAGACGCUCGGAAAGUCGGUAUUCUCGUCGGGACGUUGAGUGUGAAGCAACACGACGAGAUUGUCGAGAGACUGAAGCUAGUUUUGAAACUCGCGGGGAAGUCGUUUCACGUUUUUGUCGUCGGGAAGCUGAAUCCCGCCAAGUUGGCCAAUUUCCCGGAAGUGGAUGCUUUCGUGUUGGUGUCGUGUCCGGAAGCGGUUUUCGUGGAGGACUCGAAGGAUUUUUUGCAGCCGAUCGUUACGCCUUAUGAAAUGGAAUUGGCGUGUUUUGCUGGUGGCAGGAGUUUGAGUGACGGUUACGUCGUCGACUUUCGGGACUUGCUUCCUGAUGGAGCCAAGUAUGUAGAGUUGCCAGAACGACUAGAACCUCAAGCGGACGUUUCACUGCUUUCCAACUCUGUUCGCUCGCCCAUGAAUGUUUCUACAGUGACGGGCAAUACGGAAGUUGCUUUAAAAUCGGAAGGAACUCUCGCCACAUGGUCUUCGGAACUAUCUGGAAGAACCUGGACUGGUGUGGAAUUCAGCGUUUCUUCCGAUAAUGUUGGUGUAGAAGAGGGGUUGCACGGGAAAGCCACUGGAUAUUUUUCUGAACCGGUCCGGAACAAGAUUGCCGGGAAUUCUUCGGACCGUCGACGAAGCGUCUACAUGCGGAACCAGUGGGCGUUUCCGUUCUCGUUCAAUGGCCGGAACUUGAACCCGAGUUUCUUCCGGGAAAACGAAGCCCAGACCCACCGAAUUCUUGCCUGGCUGAACCGGGAACUCGUUGCCAUUCGCUCGAUUGGGAUACGGAAUUUACCCUUGCGAUACGAUCCCGUGAUCUCUGUCACUUCCGAGGAGAUGGAUUCCCUGGGGGAUUUGCUCCGCCGCUUUCAUCUGUUGUCUGCGGAAAUGUUGUCGCAUUUGGCUCGGUUUGUGGGGACCCGAUUGGCUAGGCACUUUUUGCACGAGUUAUACGUGUUUGCGGAUUCGAGGUUCACGUUGGCGCAGUAUGACAGACAGGUGGAUUACUCGAGGACGAGUGAAGCCUAUCGCCUGUCGCAAGUNGUUGCCAUUCGCUCGAUUGGGAUACGGAAUUUACCCUUGCGAUACGAUCCCGUGAUCUCUGUCACUUCCGAGGAGAUGGAUUCCCUGGGGGAUUUGCUCCGCCGCUUUCAUCUGUUGUCUGCGGAAAUGUUGUCGCAUUUGGCUCGGUUUGUGGGGACCCGAUUGGCUAGGCACUUUUUGCACGAGUUAUACGUGUUUGCGGAUUCGAGGUUCACGUUGGCGCAGUAUGACAGACAGGUGGAUUACUCGAGGACGAGUGAAGCCUAUCGCCUGUCGCAAGUCCACCUUAUCGGUCCUAUGAUUCCUGAACAAGAGCUGAACAGAUCCUCGAGGCCACUCUUUGGCCGUAUUGUGAGCGUUCUAAGCGCGCUGUCGAACAUCCGUCGAGUCCCACCUGUGCGAUCGACACUCGUAAUUGACGACGACGAUGACGACUUCUUCAUCCUCGACGACGACGACGAAGAAGAAGUGCAAAUAACAAUCAAUUUUUUGUUUGCAUUUGGCGUUGCUCAAGUUUUCGGAUGA